AUGGCCAGUCACCUUCAAGAGAGAGUGUCCAAGGUUGAGAUGGUCACAGACUAUCUCCUGAAGCGAGGAUACACUCGUACUGAAACCAUCUUUCGCCAAGAGUCUUCGCACUUGGGUCCUGACGGCAGACCCAUUCACAAUAAGGUUGAUGAUUUGGGCCCUAAGAAGUACUUGAAGGCUUUCAACUUGCUCCGUGAGUGGGUCGAGAACAACCUCGACAUCUACAAGUUCGAGUUGAACAAGCUUCUCUGGCCUGUCUUUGUCUACUCCUGGCUCGAGCUCGUCACUCAGAACUACUCUGAGGAAGCCAAGAUCAUCCUCAACAACCUCAAGUCGUACUUUGAGAAUGUCCACUCCGAUGACCUGAAGACCUUCUCCACCAUUACACUGGCUCUGCACGCCAAGGAAAACCCUACCACCAAGUUGUACAGAGAGAACAAGUACCGCGUUCCGCUCAACCAGCACAUCAGUGGCAACCUCUUCCACUUCCUCGAGCGCGAGCGGGACAAUGGCGGCGCCGUUAUCCUGUACAUUCUUUCGACCUUCUGCCAGUUGGAUUCAACGGCCCGUGGCCCCAUCGAGCCUUUCAGCUUCGAGGCGAUUUACCGCCGAUCUCAGAACCUCGACAUUGACGAGGUGGAUCUGCAAGAGGGUAUCCCUGGAGUCUUCACCGGCAUUUCAAACAGGGACCUCUUGGACAAGACGGUGCCCCUCAAGCUGGGUCCUCUGCCCAUGGAAGAGGACCUCCGCGACGAUGUCAGGGCCGAGCUCCAGGAUGAGGAUGCGCUCAACCCCCCGCCCGAUGGCCGUGCUACUUUGGUAGACGAGUUCGAUCGUAAGAUUAAGCGUGAGGAGAGCGCCGAUGGCCCCACAAGAGCUGACCUGCCUUUGCCUCCAUCUCGCGCCAGAGACGUUGUCAUGGAGAUGCAGAAAGUCAGAGAGAACCGUGAUCGCUUCAAGAUUGACGGACGUACCGGUGGCGUCGGCGUUCCUGUGAGCGCGUGCAUGUUCACUUUCCACAACACUUUAGGAAGGCAAGUAGAUCACGAAAUGGUUGCUAUUGGGACCACGGAUUCCUACAUCCGAGUGUGGCAUCUUGAGGGCAAGCCUCUCAAGUCGAAGCGCAAUGACGAGAAGGACUACAAGUUCAACAACCGCAAGCUUAUCGGUCACUCAGCUCAAGUGUACUCAGUUUCCUUCUCCGAUGCCAUUGCCAAGCUCGAGCAUGCGCCAUUCGGCGAGGAGGGCAAGGGCGAGUCUCCUAUCGAGACGAGCUCCAAGCUGCUGCUGUCUUGUUCUGCGGACGGCACCGUUCGAGUGUGGUCGCUGGAUGUCUGGGCCUGCGUCUGCGUCUACAAGGGCCACGAUGGUCCGGUGUUGAGAGCCGAGUGGGGUCCUUUCGGUCACUACUUCUUGACUGGCGGCUGGGACAAGACUGUUCGCGUCUGGAUGCAGGAUCACGCUUCCGCGCAGCGCAUUCUCGUCGGUCACGAUUCCAGCAUCUCGGCUGUGGCCUGGCACCCGAACGGAACAUACGUGUUCUCGGCUUCCGACGAGACGGACAAGUCGGUCCGCAUGUGGUCUGUCAUCACCGGCCAGUGCGUGCGUGUCUUCACCGGUCACACGGACUACAUCUCCACCAUCGAGGUCGCGCCCAAUGGCAGAAUCUUGGCCACGGGUGAUUGCAGUGGCAAUAUCUUCCUCUGGGACAUCCAGAAGGGCCUCCGCAUCAAGCGCUCCCGCGGCCACGGUAAAGGCGGUAUCUGGUCCAUGAGCUUCAGCGUCGAGUCCAACGUUCUCGUCUCUGGCGGCCAAGACGGCACUGUUCGUGUGUGGGAUGUCGAGCUCCCUGCCGAGGGCCACACGGCGGCUCAGCAGCAGCAAGGAGCGGCGCCUGCUCAAGAGGGAGGCGACACCAUCGUUGCGGCCAGCGGACAGACGGAUCGCCCGACUGCUAGCGGUCAGGGAGCGACUGGCAGUGGAUCUAGUGCUCCCAGUGGCGGAAAGAAGAAGGGCAAGGAGGUUAUGAUUACGCCCGACCAGAUCAGCGCAUUCCCGACCAAGAAGACGCCCGUCAUGAAGGUACAGUUCACCCGCAUGAACCUAAUUGUGUACCUCGAGUGCGGCGCUCCUGGGGCAGGCCGGCCACUGGCGCAUCGAGCAAACGAAAGGAUGGAUCCCCUCGAAGAGUCGCCAUGGGGCGAUUCGCAACCCACCUCCGAGCCCUCGACCCAGCAGCAGCCCUCCCAAAGCGAAGAGUCGACGUCGUCGCAGCCCGCGGCCAAGUCAGACGCACCCAGCACGGCAUCCGCACCUCGCCCUUCACGCUCCGGACCUGUUCGUCGCCUCGUUUCCGCCCAACCUACCCGCCUCGAAGCCGUCGACGAUCCCCUCGGUCCUCUGGGUCCCCUGGGCGCUCCCGCCGCCGCAGACAAUGGCGCCGAAGCCGGCCAGGAUGCUCCGCCCGUGCCGCCGCAGAAGGAGCAGAUGGUGAUCCGCACCUCGAUGCCGCCCCAGCAGGGCCGCCGCGCCGGACCUUCCGACCCUCAUCACAUCGACGAGGACGAUUACGACCGUCCGUCUGGCCCGAGGCAGCCGCCGCCCGUUCAGGCUGCGCAUCCUAGCCCGGUGCGGACGCAUACUCAGCCUAGCGUCAGCGUCGAGCAGGCUAGCAAGCCGAGCUUCCAGAUCACGGUGGGCGAUCCGCACAAGGUUGGAGACUUGACCAGCUCGCAUAUCGUCUACUCUGUCAGGACCAAGACCUCCUCAAAGGCAUACAAGCAGCCCGAGUUCGAGGUGAAGCGCAGAUACCGUGACUUCCUUUGGCUGUACAAUACGCUGCACGGAAACAACCCCGGUGUUGUUGUGCCGCCGCCGCCGGAUAAGCAGGCUGUCGGUCGCUUCGAGAGUAACUUUGUUGAAGGACGUCGCGCCGCUUUGGAGAAGAUGGUGAACAAGACUGCUGCGCACCCUACCCUACAGCACGAUGCCGACCUGAAGCUGUUCCUCGAGAGCGAAUCAUUCAACGUCGACGUCAAGCACAAGGAGCGGAGGGAGCCGAUUCCCGGAGAAAGCAAGGGUGUCCUCGGCAGUCUGGGUAUUAACGUCGGUGGCAGCAGCAAGUUUGUCGAGCAAGAUGACUGGUUCCAUGACCGCAAGGUCUACCUCGAUGCGCUCGAGAACCAGCUCAAGGCGUUGCUCAAGGCAAUGGAGACAAUGGUUGGCCAGCGCAAGAUGAUGGCCGAGGCCGCUGGAGACUUUUCGGCGUCUCUGCACGCUCUGUCUACGGUUGAGCUUUCGCCCUCGUUGUCGGGCCCGCUGGAUGCGCUGUCCGAGCUGCAGCUGACGAUCCGCGAUGUCUACGACCGUCAGGCCCAGCAGGAUGUUUUGACCUUUGGCAUCAUUAUCGAGGAGUACAUCCGCCUGAUUGGGUCAGUUAAGCAGGCGUUCAGCCAGCGACAAAAGGCGUUCCACUCGUGGCACUCUGCCGAGUCAGAACUGCAGAAGAAGAAGGCUUCCCAGGACAAGCUCCUGCGGCAAGGCAAGAGCCAGCAGGACAGGCUGAACCAGGUUAGCGCGGAGGUCGGCGACGUGGAGAGAAAGGUGCACCAGGCCAGGCUCCUAUUUGAGGAUAUGGGUCGGUUGAUGAGGGCGGAGCUUGACCGCUUUGAGAGAGAAAAGGUGGAGGACUUCAAGAGCGGCGUUGAGACCUUCUUGGAGAGCGCGGUAGAGGCACAAAAAGAGUGGGAGACGUUCCUCAUGCAGCUGGAUGCCGAGGACGACGAGACGGUCUUUUACCGGCCGCCCGUCAUCCAGCCCUCGGGCAAACCGCCCGGCAACACGGCCAUUGACAGGGCUCGUGCCACCAUCAACGACGACUCUGACUAG